CAUCAAAAACCACUAAGAUGGCGUCUGGAGAAGUCCCUGCUGUAGCUGGUAAUGGCAAAUUACACAAAUGCAGUGUGGUGAAUGCAGUCAAUUGCUCAUCGUUCUCACUGCCAAAUGAGGUAAUUUGGCGGAAGACAGGGCAAUCUGCUUCUGUCCCAUGUACUUUAAGCUGUUCAGCCCAUGGAAUGAAGUUCCAGUGGUUUGCUUUCAAAGAAAACUUCCAUCAUCAAGUCAACCUGGAUACCAUGCCUCCCAAGUACAGCCUGGAAGGAGCAUCUCUUCAUAUCAUGUCACUUAAUACUAAUGACAGUGGGACCUACCACUGUGCUGUAAUAUUCGAAAUAAAAGGUUCAGGCACGCAGAUGAUAGGCUCAGGCACUACUCUGGUAGUGAAGGAAGACAAGCAAAUGGUGGGGGACACGCUCAUGUGGUUAGCAUUUGCCCUCUUGGCCAUCUACAGUGUAGCUGUAAUGAUACUCAUCAUUCUCAAGAAGAAUGGGCGUAGCAUUAACAGACAAAUAGCCACAAGUCACAAGUCGCAGAAAAAUUCAACAAAAAGAAUGCAGUUUCGUGCGGUGAUGCAAGAAUUUUGUAAUAAAAGGAACUUGGAGAAAACCACACCAAACACUAGCAGACAGCCACCUCAAAAUAAGGUUGAAAGCACUCAGCACAGCCAUUCAGCUGAUGACAUCUAUCAAAAUCUGUAACGAUCAAUCAGGAAUUCUCAAUGACAGUGAAGAUUCGGCAGCUCUGCCUGAGAGCGGAUAUCAAAGCAUGACUGAGGACUUUAUAUGACUGAGAAGCUGAGCGACUCAGCAGUUGGUGCAAGUUCAAGUUCAGUGUGUGAUCAUUUGUGGGAGAUAGCACAUUAAAGACUAAC